GAAAAUAUAUUUUUAACAUUUAUUUUAUUAAUUAAAAAUGGGUAUAAGGACCGAGGGAGGGAGUAAUAAAGAAGUGCCGCGAAUUUGCUUGCGGUUGUUCAAAGACUUGUCAAAAUCUCCAGCAUAAACCCAAAAUUCCAUUGCUUUUGCUUUAUUUUUCUGACGAUUAAUCUCAUCUAGGGCUCGAGAAUUUUGUUUCUUUGUACUACUGUUCUUGAAUCCGUACCGUUAUAGACCGAGACAAAUGAAGCCGAUACGGCUGCCGGAGCCGCCGGCUAGCCCGCGGGGAUUCGGCGGUGGCGGUGACAUGGAUAUUUUCGAGACUGGAAUUUCCGGGGUCAUCCGUCGAGCCGUUAUAAUUGGUAAUGGCUUCACGGCUUCUGAGAAUCAAAGUCUGGGUUUGGUUCAUGCCCUUGGCCUCUCCGACAAGCAAACUCUUUAUAGGGUAACAAGGCCAAGAGGAGGUGUCAAUGAUUGGUUGCAUUGGCUUCCAGUUUCUGUUCACAAAGCGUUAUACUUCAUAAUCAGUCAGUUUUAUGGUUAUUCUUGCGUUUUAUUUACCGGGAGAGGGAAAAGGCUCAAGCCUCUUGCAGAAAAUGGUGCUGCUACUGGCCUAGCAUCUAUUCUAGAAGCUGAUGUACGGAAAAUAGUUGCAAUGGCCCGUGAUACUUUUGAGAAGGAAGGCCCAUUACUCGUGGUGGCAUCUGGGAGAGAUACAAUAUCAAUUGCAAGCUCCAUUAAGAGAUUGGCUUCUGAUAACGUAUUUGUCGUCCAGAUUCAACAUCCAAGAUCUCACUUGGAAAGAUUUGACCUGGUGAUUACCCCUCAACAUGACUAUUAUCCUUUAACUGCACGCGCUCAGGAGCAGGUUCCUACAAUUCUGCGAAGAUGGAUAACCCCAAGGGAACCUCCUGAUAGGCAUGUUGUCCUAACUACUGGAGCUCUUCACCAAAUUGAUUCUGCUUCCCUUCGUAGUGCAGCUAGUGCUUGGCAUGAUGAGUUCGCACCUUUGCCAAAGCCACUACUUGUCGUCAACAUAGGAGGCCCUUCAAGGUAUUGUAGGUAUGGGGUGGACCUCGCGAAACAGUUGACAUCCUCUUUGCACAAUGUUCUAGAGAAGUGUGGGAGUGUAAGAAUAUCUUUCUCACGAAGGACGCCAGAGAAGGUGUCCAAAAUUGUGGUGAAAGAACUUGGAACUCAUCCAAAAGUAUUUAUAUGGAAUGGUGAAGGUAAAUUCCUGAUUCUAUGUUGUGGAGUUUCUGGUACCUUUUUUCCCAAGUAUUCAUUUGUGAUUAUUGCAUAUUGUUGUGUAGAACCCAAUCCUCACAUGGGCCAUCUAGCUUGGGCGGAUGCUUUUGUCAUCACAGCAGACUCAGUUAGCAUGUUAAGUGAAGCUUGUAGCACAGGGAAACCUGUUUAUGUUAUUGGUGCUGAGCGCUGUACCUGGAAGUUCGUGGAGUUCCAUAAUACUCUGAGGGGACGAGGUCUAGUUCGGCCAUUUACUGGUUUUGAAGAUGUAAGUAGAGAUUGUUUUGCUGUUAAUGUGUAACGAAAGAAGUUGAUAACCAAGGAAGAAAUAGUUUUGGUUUAUUUUGUUUUGAUAAUAAUAUUUUUCUGAAGAUGUUUCUAUUCUAUCCUUUUUGUGCGGGACGAAAUAGAGAUGGAAAAAAAAUAGAUCAAUCCGAUCUAAUUUACUUUAAGAUGCAUAUUAUUGUACCCUGCUUAAAACACUUCUUCCUACUUUUGGUGAGACUGGGUCAGGAGAUAAAUUUAAUUUGAUAUGCUUUGCAUUUAUCCGGUAGGUUGGUUUUUUAGCUAAUCUUUUUGUUAGACACUUUUAAAUUCUUUGGAACUAUUUUCAUGGAAUUGCUGGGUGUAGUAUAUAAAUAUGCAUACUGUUGCUUACUAGUGAGAACUUGAUCCCUUGCCUUGUUGAAUCUUACCCUUUGUUUUCUUUUCUCAACAGUACAUCGAUUAUAUUCACAAUUCCUUUUUGCAUUAUGGAAAUGUAACCGACACCCUGGUUGCAUUUAAACUCAUGCAGAUGUUUGCUUUAGCAACUCAUGGAAUAUGUUUUUCUGGGCAUAUUUAGUAUUGUCAAGCAUUCCAGAGUCCACUUGUCUUCAUACUAUGUAGCUGUGGUAGUUUUAUCUUUCUACUUAUUUCUAUUUUUCCCCUGUGACUUGCUCUUAAAAUCAGAUGUCUGAAACCUGGAGUUAUCCUCCUUUAAAUGACACUGCUGAGGCGGCGAACCGGGUGCAUCAAGCGCUGGCUGGACGUGGGUGGAGGAUACGACCAUAGGAUACCAAUUCUUCUUGUUUGUUGUGAAGUAACAAGAGUACAUUCUGCCAAAAGCCACCGCAAAAUACCUUGUUUUGCAUAGUAUCAGUUUGUUCAAGAUUUUGUAGCUGGACCCUACCACUGGUAGAUAUUGUUUGUAAUGGGAAUUCAGUGAACCCUAUUCUUUUUCCUCGGGUGGGUGGUUUGGCAUGUUUACAGGAACUCAGCUUUGAUUUUUAUAUUAAACGGCUCUGUAAUAUGUGAGUGGUUACCGUUGAGAAGAAUUGCCUUUUUUUUCCCUCUGUAUAGAGUUAGUUCUGAAUUCUGACAGCUUAUCCAUGUUGUUAAACUCUUAUUCUGUUGUCAAUAAUGCAUGGACAAAUAACCUUGAUCCUGUUUACCUGACUAUGAAGGAGUUGUGAAGUGGUUGGGGUUUUUUUUUUUUUUUUU